UUCGCAGAACCUGACAUUCGGCGCCAUCUUUCCGGACACGUCGCUGCUCAGCCAGCAGCGCAAGUACCAACAGAAGCUGCGCGAUGGCGUCACCUCCAUGACACGCGGCGGCCGUGGAGGACUGCGCUUCAUGCAGCUCUUCUCGGUGCACGCCAAGGCCGUCCGCAUGCCGCUCCAACCCACGCCGAAAGACAUUUUACGGCGGUUGUGCGAAGAUCUGCUCCCGGACGACGUUGUGGCGGUGCUGUACUUGACCAACUCGGCCGUGUUCGGCAGCAACGCGGCCUCCGUGCAGUACGUGCUUCAACUCCUGGGGUACCUGGGCGUGCCCGUCAUUGCCUGGAACGCUGACAACAUCGCUCUCGACCAGAGGGCGUCCCAGGCGCGAGUCCUGCAGCUGGCGCCAUCUGUGGUUCACCAAGUGGCGGCCAUCUUCGCCAUCCUGGAGCGCUACUCGUGGUACCAGUUUGCCGUGAUUACCACAAAUCUCGGAGGACACGAGGACUUCGUCCGCGCAGUCCGAGAUCGGCAAUUGGAGAGCAGCAGCCUCAGGGCAAAGUAUUCCGUCCUGGAGGUUCGCACCUUCCGUGGCCGUACUCGCCAAGAGUUUCGCCGGCAGCUCGAACCUGUCGCGGCUGGAGAAGCCCGCGUGAUCCUGCUAUUCGCCAGCAAGGACGACUCGCGCGAGCUGUUCGCCGCCGCCUCCCAGCUGGGAAUGACGGGCAAGAACUACGUCUGGAUCGUAACCCAGUCUGUCAUCGGAGCACACCCGGGAGUGGCGCCACCGGAGUACCCGGCAGGUCUGCUUGGCAUUCACUACAACACCUCGUUAGCCAAGCUGCACGACGAAAUAGAACGCGCCGUGCUCGUUCUGGGACACGGGCUCGAGCUCUUCGUCAACGAGCCGGCCAACGUCAACGUCACGCUCGCUCCUGGACUACGCUGCUACGAGCCCGGCAGAGCACACUGGGAGCAGGGGGACACGUUCUUCCGCUACCUGCGUAACGUGUCCAUCGAGACAAAAGGUAGUCCUAACAUCGAGUUCCUGCCGGAUGGUACUCUCAAGUACGUCGAGCUCGACAUCCUCAACCUUAACAAGGAGGGGUACUGGGACAGAAUUGGAGGCUGGACGCAAAAGGGUAUCGACAUCAAGGAUAUCGUCUGGCCUGGAGAAGAACUGGUCCCGCCGAAAGGGGUUCCCGAGAAAUUCAAUCUCAAAGUGACUUUCAUGGAGGAGCGGCCAUUUCUGAACAUCGGCCAACCAGACAACGAGACGGGCGAAUGCGAGAGUGGCCGGGCCGUCAAGUGUCGCGUCGUGCCAGAGGCCAUGUUGCAAGGGAUCAACGAUACAGCUGCUCGCAAAAACUCUACAUUCUACAAAUGCUGCCUGGGAUUCUGCAUAGACCUCCUGCAAAUGUUCGCCCAGGACUUAGGUUUUACGUACGACAUUCACCGAGUGGAAGACGGCACCUGGGGUGUCAAGGACAAUGGCACAUGGAAUGGAUUAAUAGCCGAGCUCCUCAACGGCAAGGCUGACAUCGUGGUCACUUCCAUCAAGAUCAACUCUGACCGCCAAAUGGCGGUUGACUUCACGGUGCCAUUCCUCGAGACUGGAAUCGCCAUCGUGGUAGCAAAGCGGACCGGCAUCAUCUCACCUAAGGCCUUUCUAGAACCAUUCGACACGGUGUCGUGGCUGCUCAUUCUUCUGGUGAGCAUCCAGGUGGCCGCGUUCUCCAUCUUCGUCUUCGAGUGGAUGAGCCCCUCCGGCUACGACAUGCGGAUCACUCCUCCCAGAGAGCACCGGUUCUCGCUGUUCCGCACCUACUGGCUGGUGUGGGCCAUCCUGUUCGGGGCGGCGGUGAACGUGGACUGCCCGCGCGGCUACACUGCCCGCUUCAUGUCCAACGUAUGGGCCAUGUUCGCCGUCGUCUUUCUGGCCAUCUACACGGCCAAUCUGGCCGCAUUCAUGAUAACCCGAGAGGAGUACUACAACCUCAUCGGCAUCGAGGACCACCGGCUGCAAAACCCUCAGCAGGUGGAGCCACCAUUCCGUUUCGGGACCAUCCCGCACGGAAACACGGAGGCUGUGCUUAAGCAGAACAAGCCCAAGAUGUACUCGUACAUGCGGCAAUUCAACCGGUCCACGGUCCUCGAAGGCAUCCGGGCCGUCAAGCGCGGGGAGCUGGAUGCCUUCGUGUACGACGCCACUGUGCUGGACUACCUGGUCGGUCAGGACGACGAGUGCCGCCUGCUCACUGUGGGCUCGUGGUACGCCAUGACGGGAUACGGAUUCGCGCUCCCAAAAAAGUCCAAGUACCUGCAGAUGUUCAACCGACAGAUGAUCGAGUACCGGGAACGCGGAGACCUGGAGCGUCUCCAGAGGUUCUGGCUUCAGGGUGCCUGCAAGCCGGACAAGGCAAAACGCAACGCGAGCAACCCUCUGGAUGUGAACCAGUUCAUGAGUGCAUUUCUCCUUCUGGGCUGUGGAGUGUUGCUCACCUUGCUACUGCUACUCCUGGAGCACUUAUACUUCCGCUACCUCCGCGCCCGGGUGGCCUCGGGAAGCCGGGGUCCUUCGGGUCGAUGGCUGGCCCUCAUCUCCCUGAGCAUGGGCAAGUCGCUGAGCUUCCGCGACGCCGUGUACGAAGCUCGAAUGAGACACCGCUGCAGGGACCCCGUGUGCGACACUCAGCUGUGGAAGGUCCGCCACGAACUGGACCUGGCUCGCAUGCGGGUCAGCCAGCUGGAGGCUCAGCUUGGAAUACACAGGCACGUUGGUUUGCAUUCGCCACCGUCUACAGUGCAGGAGCUACUGCGGUCUCGGGAAGGGACCAACAACCGGGUGACGCCCUCGGAUUCGAGGGGCGGACCCGUGGCGCUCAUCCAGCGGGAGAUCACCGAGAAGGAGACCGUGUUAUGA